AUCAGGUCAUUUACAUAAAGACGAGGAAGUUUUUCUAAUCCGCAGUAGCGUCAGUUUUCUCUCUGCUAUUGCGUCAAAGAUCGCAGCAUUUUCACACUCUGAUCUGUUUUCUCAUGGCAGAGAAAACAUACUUCGGACAUAGUGACCGCUGAUAUAAUAGUAGGCCUAUACGUCCUUUAAAAUGAUUCUUCCUCAAGGAGUUUUGGUGUUAAUGUGUGUGUCGCUGUCGUCCACGGUCAAGAUCUUAACAUGGCCUCACUUCAACUGCUCUCAACAGGGUUUGGGGUGUACAGUGUCCACAAGUAACUGUAUGGAUAGUGGAUGGCUGUAUGCUAAUGAGUACACUCCCAGCAGUCCAGAGGAACUUCAGGUAUCUGUGGACACCAGGCAAGAUGAGACAGGACACCUGCAGCCUGUACUGGUCGCUAACUGGAAGCUAAAGGAUGAUGGCAGCAUUCGUUACCUUAACGCCACUGAGCUUCAUGUUCUCGUGAUGUCCACCAACCAAAACCAGUGCGUUCGAUAUUCUUUCAAAGACAAACUCCCAAUGAGAAGUCCAUCGGGGAAAAAGUGGUCGUUCUCAGCUAAGAUGAUAGUGUUGGACCCUGGUCAGAGAUACCGGGUCUCCGUCUUUAACAUCCCCAAACCAGAGUUGGGCCACAGCUACUAUGACGUUAGUGCCGAUGUCGUUGUUCCCGGUUGUUCAGAUCCUAUGAUGAAGAGGACACAGUUUUGCAUAGAGAGAGGAAGUUUGUGGCAGCCUAACAUUAGUCUGGCUCAGAUCACUGCAGUCAGUGGAAGAUCUGCACUAGCUGUCAGCUUCAGUCCUGACACACACUGUGAUGACUACAUAGUUAUUGUUAGCUGCUCCUCUGUCCAACAUACACAGCUUAUACACACGACUUAUCAGACCACGGGGAAUGUAACUUUCAGCCUCGAUAAAUGGCCGAGAUCCUGCUGCCAGUUUGUUACCGAGAUCAAACCUCUUUUCCCACAAUGUGGCGAAGACUGUGACCGUCAAAGGAGAACUGUGGCUGUUUGUCCUGAAAAACCACCCCGUGAGGUCCUCCGGAACACAUUUGUUGUUGUUGUCCUGGGAAUCGUGUUUAUGGUUGUACUGAUAGCAGUUGUUGUGUAUGUCAUCUGCAGAAAGCCAGGCAAACCUGAUGUUUCUGCAGCACAGGAGGGAGGUGAGAAACAAUGGCAGCAGCAGCUUCAGCAGGCUCCCAAAGUCCUGGUCAUCUACUCACAGGAUCACCACCUCUACAGAGACAUUGUGCUCAAGCUUUGUGCCUUCCUCCAGGCCAAGUGUGGCACCAAGGUACUGGUGGACCUUCUAGACUCCACAUCAGUCAGCAUGGUGGGUCGCCUUCGAUGGCUUGAAUGGCAACGGCAACAGCUUAAAAAUCCCUUUGACAAAAUCCUGGUGCUGUGCUCACGAGGUGUCCAGGCAAAAUGGAAGGCCAUGUGUGGUCAAGGUCGAGUAACACUGAGGGAAGAUGUUCUCUCACCAACUGAUGACAUGCUCACUCCCUUUCUCAACCUCUUCCUACCAGAUAUGCACCAGGUGGGAAAGCUGGGCAAGUACAUGGUGGCUUAUUUCGACGAUAUCAGCAGUGAACAAGAUGUGCCAUCAGUUUUUGACAUAGCAGUCAAGUACAAAUUGAUGAAGCAUUUUGAAGAACUGUACUUCCGCAUCUUAGACAUUGAGAAGUAUCAGCCAGGUCUGGUUAAGCACAUAGAGGGCAUUGGUGGGGAGGAAUAUUUCAACUGUCCCUCAGGUACAGCCUUGAAGAAUGCUAUUGAAACCUUUCAGGCCUAUCAGUUGGAAAAUCCUGAUUGGUUUGAGAAGGAAUGUGUGGAGAGUGAAGAGGAAGUGAUAACAGAGGCCACCCUGCUCAUUAACCAGGUAGAGGGCCCUCCCAUCCUAGAGUGUGUUCCUGUAAUCAGAGAUGGGCUUCCUGUCUACAUGCAUGAGGUGGAAAUCAAUAAAAAUGGCAACUCUGUGCAUGUCCUGACACCUGAACUGAACACAGAGCACGGGUUGUCAUCAGUCGCAGAACUUGCACUAGUAGUGAACCCUGAGUGCAAACAGUAUUUUUCAGAGUCUGAUGAAGUGUUGGGAGAUCACAUGCAUCCUCACAGUCCCAGUCCUGAAUCUGUCUAUGUAGUUGAGCCUGUUUUGAACAAGCCAGCAACACCAUGCCAGAAUUGGCUCUCCCUAAAGGAAGAACCCUUCAGUCAAAAUCUCUCUGUGGACAAUGACGAGGAUUCCCUUCUACAUGUGAGCCAACACUGCACCCAUUUGGACCUGGGCUCAAACACUCCAGAAUCCUCAUAUUCCUGCAUACCGAGUGAAUAUUUCCCUCUGUCCGAAAUCAGCCACUGCCAGCCUGUAGAAAUGGACGAGUAUGAGGUUGUAGAGCAUAGUGAAAAGGGUCAGAGCAGUGGAUCUGACCAAGGCUACAUCUCCAAAAUGUCCUCCCAGCCUGAACCAGCUUUCAAAGAGGAUCCACUGGUGGAUCUGAGAAGGCUGCAGGAGGAGCUGUUUCAGCUCACAUAUUAUGAGGGAAACUGAUGCUUACAGUUCAAAGUCCACCCCUCGCAAUAACUGUUACACCUUCAACCAACAUCACCUGCAGUACUGUUGGAGAGUGUAAGAUGUUUUUUAUGAGGACAGUACUGUGUGCAUAUGUGUUGUAUAUCCAAAGCUUGUUGACUUUCUAAAUAUAAUAACUCACAUGUGACAGACCAUAUGCCUAUGUCAUCUGCACAAAAUUGACAUGAUCAUACCAUCAUAGAACAAAAAAAGUAGAUGUUGUGACAAGUGUACAUUUACCUUUGAUCAUGUCAGUUUUUUUCAGUGUGGUUUUCUGGAAUUCAGUCAAAAUACAUACUGAUUAGAUUAUUGUUGCACCUGAAAUUGCCAAAAUUUGGACCAGACAAAUCUUGCUAUGUUUACAGAGACUUCUUGGAUGAAAGAAGAAAUGAUGAAAUGAUGAUUUUUGCACUCAGUUUUCCCUUCUCAGACAGCAUCUUGUCAUAGACACUGCAGCGGAAUGAACACUUUGCAAGAUUCUAAGUCUAGAUUACGAGCCAGGCAAAGCAGCAACUUCUCAGAUGCUUCAGGUCCUCAGGGGGCCCAAAAGGUUGGAGACAGGUUCUAAAUGUAAAUAAAUAAUAGUAGCUGUAAGGCAAUUUCUGCAUUCUGGGUCACAUCUUGUGAAGUACCUCUGAGAAAGUCAAGUUCAAAUAUAGUACUUAGGCAGUUUAAAAUGUAGAAAUAGGUUAUAUUUUACCAAAUACUUUCGUUAUUAAUAAGUGUACUGCUAAUACAUACACAGUACACAAGGAACGACGGAAACAUAAGGGUCAUUAGGGGUCUACUGCUCAAUUUUACCUCCUGGCACAUCGUAUGACUGUGUUGAUCUGGCUUUGGGUAGUUAUUGCUUAGAUAUUUGGUAAGCCAAACUCCGUGAUUCUUGAACAUUGUUCUGGGUUUUGAAUCAAGUCAAUAGUAUUUGGUUCAGAGGGACUAGGAACAAAAACUCAGAGUUACCAUUGAGAUUUUAAACUGCUAAUUUUCCUUGUGUUGUUAAACUGUUCUGAAGAAAAUAUUUUGUGGUGAUGUGUUGUCUUUUAUAUCUUUGAGAAAAAGUAUUCCAAGAAUGAGGGUAUAUUGUAAAUAGCAUUUUUAUCAGUGUGUUUGUGUGAGAAUUACAAUUACCUUGACAAUAAAGUCAAUUAUAUAAUGGUUCUAAAA